CCCGUCACUGCAGCCCGGAAUAGGAGUUUUCCUGAACGGCUGCAGAAGGUAGAAUGGAACGCCUUGUCAUCUUUGCCUCCUGUUUGUCCUAUUCGUGCAGUGGCUUGUUGCGAGUGGGUCCAGACCUGUCAGGCCCUGACCAGGAUUAUAUGAACGAAACAUGGGUCCUCCUUGAAACCUGUUCCUGGAGCUAUACUUUGAGGUACUCGCGAGACCUCCUGGUUUGUUGUGCUGCCCCUCAGGCCAUAGAGGCCCCGAUCUGCCAUCCUAAAGCAGGCUGAUAAGGGCGACUCCAUAUUUCAGCUCACACUCCCUCUUAACCCCCUAUUUCACAAAAAUUGAGUCCUGCUG